CGCAGCUGGCGUGGCCCGCCGGCAAAACCCCCCUCGCCAUCGGCGGCCGGCGAGAGAGCGACCCUCCUCUACGGCUCCCGGCUCCACUCACGAUCCCCCGCCCAUGACACACCCACACCCACCAUUGCACAUGUGGACGUCGUGUGCUCGUGCAAACACACGUGGUCGCCAGCUAGCGUCACAGCCAGGUGGGGCCCCCCCAAAAUCCCCUCCUCCUUCCCCGGCCGCGCAUCCUCCCUUCUCCUCUCCUCUGCAAAUCUCUGCCGCCCCGGUUUCCCAUCUCCGCCCGCAGUAAACCCCUCCUCAUUCCCACCACCACCUCUCCUCGGAGGAAUCUUUGCUGCUUUCCUUUAUAUAAACCCCUCUCCAGUCUAUACUUCCACUCCACACUCCCCUCCACCCCCCCCCCCACACCCGCAGCAGCAGGGAGAAGACGACGACGAAGAUGAUGGAUCUCGCCGACCCAAACCACCGGCUCAUCGCCGGCGCGGCGCUGCUGGUGGCCACCCUCGCCUUCAUCAAGCUGCUGCUGAGCUCCGCCGGCGGCGGCAAGAAGCGCCUCCCGCCGACCAUCCCGGCGGCGCCGCUGGUGGGCGGGCUGCUCCGCUUCAUGCGGGGGCCGAUCCCGAUGAUCCGGGAGGAGUACGCCCGCCUCGGCAGCGUCUUCACCGUCCCCAUCCUCAGCCGCAAGAUCACCUUCCUCAUCGGCCCCGAGGUGUCGGCGCACUUCUUCAAGGGGAACGAGGCCGAGAUGAGCCAGCAGGAGGUCUACAAGUUCAACGUGCCCACCUUCGGCCCCGGCGUCGUCUUCGACGUCGACUACUCCGUCAGGCAGGAGCAGUUCAGGUUCUUCACCGAGGCGCUCCGCGCCAACAAGCUCCGCAGCUAUGUCGACCAGAUGGUUGUCGAGGCUGAGGAGUACUUCUCUAAGUGGGGAGAAAGUGGAACGGUGGAUCUGAAGUAUGAGCUGGAGCAUCUCAUCAUUCUGACUGCUAGUCGGUGCUUGCUCGGGAGGGAGGUGCGAGAAAAGCUCUUUGAUGAUGUUUCUUCUCUCUUCCAUGAUCUGGACAAUGGGAUGCAGCCAGUCAGUGUCAUCUUCCCCUACCUCCCAAUUCCUGCACACCGCCGCCGUGACCGGGCACGGCAACGGUUGAAGGAAAUCUUCGCCACCAUCAUCAAGUCCCGCAAGGCCUCUGGACGGGCUGAGGAAGACAUGCUGCAGUGCUUCAUUGAUUCGAAGUACAAGAGUGGACGCUCAACCACAGAAGGUGAAAUAACCGGCCUACUUAUUGCAGCACUAUUUGCUGGACAGCACACUAGCUCUAUCACCUCAACCUGGACUGGGGCCUACAUGCUUCGCUUCAAGCAGUACUUCGCAGCAGCCGAAGAGGAGCAGAAGGAGGUCAUGAAGCGGCACGGGGACAAGAUCGAUCAUGACAUCUUGGCAGAGAUGGAUGUCCUCUACAGGUGCAUCAAGGAGGCGCUCCGUCUUCACCCACCGCUAAUCAUGCUGCUCCGCCAGUCACACAACGACUUCUCAGUGACAACGAAGGAUGGCAAAGAGUUCGACAUCCCGAAGGGCCACAUCGUCGCGACAUCUCCAGCCUUCGCCAACAGGCUCCCUCACAUCUUCAAGAACCCCGACUCAUACGACCCCGACCGCUACGCACCAGGCAGGGAGGAGGACAAGGCAGCGGGCGCCUUCUCGUACAUCUCCUUUGGUGGCGGCAGGCACGGUUGCCUCGGUGAGCCCUUCGCCUACCUACAGAUCAAGGCCAUAUGGACUCACCUGCUGAGGAACUUUGAGUUCGAGCUGGUCUCCCCCUUCCCGGAGACCAACUGGAAAGCCAUGGUCGUCGGCAUCAAGGACGAGGUGAUGGUCAACUUCAAGCGGCGGAAGCUCGUCGUCGACAACUAGGAUGCCACCUUCAACCUUAGGAGUCGAUGCUUGUCGCGCUUUUCGCCUUUUUUCUCUUCUUUUCCCUUUCUGUCAGUAUUUGAUCCGUGUAAGUUUCUGCCAGCUUUGUAUUAGGGUGUUUCAGUCGUUUUAGGAUCCUGUGAUUUGCUUCCUGCCAUGAAAAAUCAAGCUUGAUCUCUGCAACUUCUGUACCUCUGGGUUGCUUGGCAACGAUUUGUGUUUGUGUUAUUAGACUUGAAGCAUCCUGGAUUGUACCUGAAUCUUUGCAUCGUCCGUUAUUUCAUAUGGCUUUGGACAUAAUGUCUGAAGUCUGAACAAAUAAUACUUAUAUGUAAUGGAAUGGAAAUGAGAAUAAAACUAUGGCAAUGUGAGUUGUCUCUGCAA